GCUUUAAGAAGAAGGAAAGACUCUAGUACUGAAGCUAAUCAUUUAAAAGCCACUAGCCCACAUAGAACAAUUGCUAUGCGCUAUCAUAUCUGGAUAAAGGGGGCGCCAGUAGUAGCCAUAUUAGACUCUGGGGCUGCUCAACCAUAUCAAAGCAUUAGGGAUAGUUAG